AUGGCUGUUAGUGCAUCUUUCCAUUUUGCCAAAUCUUUAUUCUCAUACCAUAGCAUCAUUAUGACAUCCCACAAUCAUCUAGGGACCGUAGAUGUGAAUGGAUUUAACAUAACAAAAAGAAAGCAUGUUUCUUCUAUGGGCUUACAAGUUAAUGAUCCGCCUGCAAAGGUAAUUAAUGCUACAAGAGCUAGUGCUAUAGAUUGGAACACGCCCCUUCCUACAACUAAAGCCGGUUCAUCGAAACCUACAACGAAGCUCGAGGAGGUCAAACAACGGAAUCCAAAGAUUAUGGACUCGGAUGAUCUUGGUGUCGGGAGAAUGGUUAAGGAAGGCUUUGUAUAUCGACAAAAUUUUGAUAUAAGGUCAUAUGAAAUUGGACCAGAUCAGACAGCUUCUAUAGAAACAAUUAUGAAUCAUAUGCAGGAGACAACCCUUAACCAUUUAAAGGCGAUCGGCCUCUUGGGAGAUGGCUAUGGCUCAACACCAGAGAUGUGUAAAAAGAACCUCAUAUGGGUGAUGGUGAAGAUGCAAGUUGUGGUGGACCGUUAUCCGAUUUGGGGUGGUGUUGUUCAGAUUGAUGCUUGGAAAGCUGCAUAUCGAAAAAAUGGUUUGGGCGGUAAUUGGAUAUUUUAUGAUUGCAAAACAGGCGAAAUGCUAAUUAGAGCUUCAAGUAUUUGGGUCAUGAUGAAUACAGAGACAAGAAGAAUAUCCAGAUUUCCAGACGAAGUUCGAGCUGAAAUACAGCCAGUCUUGCUUGAUACACCGCCUGCAGUUGAAGAACAAACCAUAAAAUGGUCUAAAAGGGAUUACAACAUUGUUCCCCAUGUCCGCAAUGGUUUAAUGCCAAGAUGGAGCGAUGUCGAUGUUAAUCAACAUGUUAACAAUACAAAAUAUAUUGGGUUGCUUCUUGAGAGUGUUCCAAAGACAAUUAUGAAAAACUAUGAGCUUGCUAGCAUGACGUUAGAGUAUUGUCGAGAGUGUGAGAUGGAUAGUGUGUUGCAAUCGCACACUUAUGUAAUUGGGACCAACGACGUCGACAACAUAACUGAUCAUCAUGACCAUGUCGACUGCGAGCAUCUACUUCAACUUGAUAAUCUUGGAGUUGGCAGUGAAGAAGAGAUUAUGAAAGGUAGAACUACAUGGCGGUUGAAAUAAUUUGUUAAAAGUGUAUUAAAAAUUUUUUCCCUUUAGAAUUAUUUAUCUAUAUGGUUAAAAAUAAAUGGUGUAAUUUUGUUUGGUUGUUAGGUAAUAAUC